CCAAACCACAAAAUUUAGUGUGAAGUGAAGCUUUGAAUUAGAGCUCAGUCAUGGGAGUAAUGUUAGGCUUUUCAAUUCCUCUCCUUUUCUCAACUCUGUUUGCCACCGCGAACCUUUUCAUUCCUGCAGUUCACGGAGGAACCUGCACGGAUUCUAAAAAGUCCACCCUCUUGAUCGUCUUCGGCGACUCAUUCUUUGAUGUUGGCUACGGUAAUGAUGAACUUUGUCUUCCAUCUAAAGACCAACCAUAUGGGAAAUCACUUCACCCCCCGGUUCCCACUGGAAGAUUCUCGGAUGGUCUUGUAGUACCUGAUUAUAUUGCCAAAUACUUAGACCUGGCCGAUGAUGAGGGCAAAAUUGCUGCAUACAAGAAUAGCUUAGAUAUCCAACAAACAUCGGAAGACAAAAGAUAUAAAAGUUUGAGCUUCGCCAUGGCCGGAGCAGGUGUCACGCUAAGCGCAGAUAAGUCGAAAUCACUGACGGAUCAAGUACAGAUCUUCAUCAAGAACUCGGCAAAGUUAUUCGUUGAUAACGGAGCGAAUUCCGUACAUCAGCAAGAUCAAACUCUCUAUUUAUUUUCAAUAGGGACAUACGAUUAUCUUUCCAAUCUUCGUAAUAUAAAAGAUAAGCAAUAUGUUCAAGAAAUAGCAGAAAAUGUUACAGCAGCAAUAGUGAAGCAAGUUAAGGAAAUAGCAGAACGUCAGGGUGUGAAUGGAAAAACAUUUGCGUUUAUGAGCGUUGCACUACGCUAUUUACCGGUUGUGCGAAAAACAUAUUACAAGGACCAAUCGCGGCUGAACUUGCUUCAUGAACUGGAAGAUACCCACCAUGACAAACUUACAGAUAAAUUGAAUAACUUAGCUCAAGACCUCAAGGCUGCUGGUCAGGGUCACAUUAUCAACUAUUCAAUACUGAAAUACCACCGCAUAAUCAGGGAUAUAAUGGAGGGACCUGAAAAUUAUGGCCUCGAUGAGAACACAAUUACGCUUGCAUGUUGUGGUGAUGGAUCCUAUCAUGCAGACGGUUGUGGCCAUUUGGAUAAGAAGGGCUGCAGUGACCCUUCUGCUUAUGUGUUUUGGGAUGGUAUGCAUAACACUCAGCAGAUUAAUCAGAAAAUAGCUCAAAUCUUUUGGAAUGGACCCAAAAAUAUGACGACUCCUCAAAAUUUGCAGACUUUAGCUGGUACCCAAAAACCCCAAUACGAUUUCUCUGUCAAUGCUAAUGAAUUAAUUAGUAUUCGUCAGCAGGUUAGGGUUAUUAGGACGGAGACACAAGUUACUCGGAUUGAGGAAAAAGUAACUUUCGCAACUUAGUAAUUAAGAUGCUUGUUCCACCGAGCUCUUGGUUUCUCGUUCUCCACUACAAAGUAUCCAAAAUAAGAUAUACCAUCUCUAGCUCUAUAGGUUGAUGGUUGUUUGUCAGUGUAUCCAACUCAUGUAUUGUGUAUUAUUUGUUCUUAUAGAACAAUGUGCUUUGUACUAUUGCCUUAAUGUGUGACUCUUUCCAUUUCUUUCUUUUAAUUCAAAACUUAAUUAAUUAUGGUGAAAACAAAUAGCAUAUUGCUUU